AUGGCAUCAACUUAUAUGAGCGGUGCCUCCGUCCAGCCAGCACCACUACCUGGACUGGAAAAUGUGACGACAAAUAAUCAGACUACUACCUCAACUCAUGACACUCAAGCCCCCGUGAAUCCAAGUUCAGACACAACUCCUACCAACUAUUCUCAAGACCACAUGGCUUCCAAGGACGAAACACCAGCCAGAUCCACCACAGAAGAUGAAGAAGACUCGGAACUCGAGCGCAGACACAGCAUUGUCCGCGACUUGGCACGCCAAUACACCAACCAGAGUCAAAUGUCUGCUAUCAGUGGCAAUCCCUUUACAGCAGAUGAAAACAGCCCCCUGAAUCCCAGAAGUGACAAGUUCAGAGCGUUGGCUUGGGCAAAGGCUAUUUCGAAAUUGCACAGUGAAACUGGCUUCACUAAUCGCAAAGCUGGUGUUUGCUAUCAGAACUUGAACGUGUUUGGAUAUGGCCAGCCCACAGAUUAUCAGAAGAACGUGGCCAAUAUCUGGCUUGACGCCGCUUCACUUCCACGACAGCUGAUGGGGUAUGGAAAGACUAGGAUCGACAUCAUUCGAGACUUUGAUGGUGUUGUCAAGAACGGAGAGAUGUUGGUGGUAUUAGGUCCGCCUGGCUCUGGCUGCUCGACAUAUCUCAAGACCAUUUCCGGUGAGACAAGUGGUAUUUACAUCAACGAUGAUGCAUACUUUAACUACAGGGGCAUAACGGCCCAUGAGAUGCACACCCGCCAUCGCGGAGAAGCAAUCUACACCGCAGAAGUAGACGUCCACUUCCCCCACCUCACAGUCGGCGACACCCUCGACUUCGCCGCCCACGCCCGCGCCCCACGCUCUAUCCCCGGCGGCAUUGACCGUGAGACCUUCAUCUCGCACUCCCGCGACGUGGUAAUGGCCAUGUUCGGCAUAAGCCACACGGUAAACACAAAAGUCGGAAACGAGUACGUCCGCGGCGUAUCCGGCGGCGAGCGCAAACGCGUCACCAUCGCCGAAGCCUCCCUCAGCGGCGCACCGCUGCAGUGCUGGGAUAAUAGCACACGGGGCCUUGAUUCAGCAAAUGCGGUUGAGUUUUGUAAGACGUUGAGGCUGCAGACGCAGAUGUCUGAUACGGCGGCUCUGGUGUCGAUAUAUCAGGCCCCGCAGGCUGCUUACGAUAUCUUUGAUAAGGUUGUUGUGUUGUAUGAGGGAAGGCAGAUUUUCUUUGGGGGAACCAAGAUGGCGAAGCAGUAUUUUGUUGAUCUGGGUUUUGAGUGUCCUGCAAGACAGACGGUGCCGGAUUUCCUGACGUCGAUGACGAGUCCGCAGGAGCGAAUUAUUCGAAAAGGGUUCGAAGACCGUGCACCAAGGACACCAGAUGAAUUCGCAGCAGCGUGGAAAGCCUCCCAAGCCAAUGCUCUUCUCCAACGAGAAAUCGAAGAGUAUAAACGCGACUUUCCGAUCAAUGGGCCUGAAGCAGAAGAGUUUAGAGCGAAUCGACGGGCAGCACAGGCUAAGAACCAACGAAAGAAGAGUCCUUAUACGUUGAGCUACUGGCAGCAAACGAAGCUCUGUGUCUGGCGGGGCUUCAAACGCUUGGUUACAGAUCCGACUAUAACGCUUACGCAGUUGUUUGGGAAUUUCAUCAUGGCGCUGAUUGUGGGGAGUGUGUUUUAUAAUAUCGAUCAGACGACCGCGAGCUUUUUUCAGAGGGGUGCUUUGCUUUUCUUGGCUUGUCUUUCGAAUGCUUUUUCUAGUGCUCUUGAGAUUCUUACAUUGUAUGCUCAACGACCUAUCGUCGAGAAGCAUGAUCGCUACGCCCUAUAUCAUCCAUCGUCUGAAGCAGUGGCUUCUAUGCUCUGCGAUAUGCCCUACAAGAUCCUCAACGCCUUCACAUACAAUCUAACACUCUACUUCAUGACCAACCUCCGCAGAGAACCGGGCCCAUUUUUCUUCUUUCUUUUCAUCACAUUCCUCGUCACGCUCUGCAUGUCCAUGAUUUUCAGAACGAUUGCUUCUGCGUCUCGAACACUCUCUCAAGCUAUGGUCCCCGCUGCUCUUCUCAUCCUCGCGUUAGUUACUUUCACGGGCUUUGUUAUCCAGAUUGACUAUAUGCUUGGUUGGUGCCGAUGGAUCAACUACGUCAAUCCGCUUGCGUAUGCGUUCGAAUCACUUAUGGUGAAUGAGUUUCAUAACCGCAAGUUUGAGUGCAACUUGUUCAUUCCUACGUAUCCUGAUGCAGCGCCUGAGAAUCGCGUUUGCUCGACUGUUGGGGCUGUACAGGGUGAACCCAUGGUUUCAGGGGACAGGUAUAUCAACUUGUCCUUCUCAUACUACCAUGCGCACAAGUGGCGAAAUGUUGGUAUCGUCAUCGCUUUUACGCUUCUUUUCCUUGCGACAUACAUGUUCUUCGCCGAAACCGUCAGCGCAAAGAAGUCAAAAGGAGAAGUUCUUGUUUUCCGUCGGGGACACAGACUUGCAAAGAGCAGAGUUGAUGCAGAGUCCAGUCCAGCAGGUCGCGUGGCUAUUACUGAGAAAGAAGGCUACGGAGAAGGACAGCCGUCAAACUUCAAGUCAACGAGUGUCUUCCACUGGAACAACGUGUGCUACGACAUCAAAAUCAAGAGUGAAAACAGGCGUAUUCUUGAUAACGUAGCCGGAUGGGUCAAGCCCGGUACAAUGACAGCUCUAAUGGGCGUUUCAGGAGCCGGUAAAACAACCCUCCUCGACUGUCUCGCAGACCGCACAAGCAUGGGCGUUAUCCAUGGCGACAUCCUCGUCGACGACAAACUCCGCGACGCCUCCUUCCAACGCAAAACAGGCUACGUCCAGCAACAAGACCUGCACCUAUCUACAACAACAGUCCGCGAAGCCCUCAACUUCUCCGCCAUAAUGCGUCAGCCAAAACACAUACCGGUAAAACAGAAGAUCGCAUACGUUGAUGAAGUCAUCAAGAUGCUCGACAUGCAGGACUAUUCUGAAGCAGUCGUCGGUGUUUUAGGCGAGGGCUUAAAUGUGGAACAACGGAAACGAUUAACGAUCGGUGUUGAACUCGCUGCAAAACCGCCAGUCUUACUAUUUGUUGAUGAGCCUACAUCGGGACUAGACUCACAGACUUCAUGGGCUAUUCUGGACCUAUUGGAAAAGCUGGCUCGUAGCGGACAAGCUAUCCUCUGCACCAUUCACCAACCAUCAGCCAUGCUCUUCCAGCGCUUCGAUCGCCUACUCUUCCUAGCAAGCGGAGGGAAAACAGUGUAUUUUGGAGACGUAGGCGAUCAUUCCCGCACAAUGACUCAGUAUUUCGAAGCACACGGCGCAGAACCAUGUCCACCUGAAGCAAACCCCGCAGAAUGGAUGCUCGAAGUAAUCGGCGCAGCACCCGGUUCCGAAACGAACCUCGACUGGCCGCAGAUCUGGAAAGACUCCUCCGAAUUCGCUGCUGUGCAACAACACUUGCAGGAACUAUCUCAUCAUAGGGUUGAGAAGAGUCAAGAUGAAGAUCCGCAUUUGUAUGAUGAGUUUGCUGCUACGUUUACGACGCAGUUGAAGUACGUGACCACACGAGUUUUUGAGCAGUACUGGAGAACGCCUUCGUAUAUAUACUCGAAGGCAGCGCUGUGUACGCUCGUCGCAUUGUUCAUUGGCUUUUCGUUUUAUCAGGCGCCCAACACGGCGCUUGGACUGCAGAAUCAGAUGUUUGCGAUUUUUCAAGUGUUAACUGUGUUCGGACAGCUCACGCAGCAACAGAUGCCGCACUUUGUCAUUCAACGAGACUUGUACGAAGUCAGAGAACGGCCCUCCAAAACGUACAGCUGGCAAGUCUUCAUCCUGAGUCAAAUCAUCGUCGAAAUCCCAUGGAACACCCUCAUGGCUGCGAUUAUGUACUUUUGCUGGUACUACCCCAUCGGUCUAUACCGCAACGCCGAACCCACCGAUGCAGUAGCUGAGCGCGGCGCCCUAAUGUUCUUGCUCUUCCUCGUCUUCAUGCUCUUCACCUGCACCUUCACCGAUUUCAUAAUCGCAGGGUGCAGCUCAGCCGAAACAGGAGGAAAUAUCGCCAACCUGCUCUUUAUGAUGUGUCUCAUAUUCUGCGGUGUUCUCGCACCACCGAACAGUUUCCCCAAAUUCUGGAUCUGGAUGUAUCGCGUCAGUCCCUUUACAUACCUCAUAUCCGCCAUAUUGUCCACCGCUGUGGCGAAUACAGAAGCUGUCUGUGCGCAGAACGAAUAUGUUGUUUUUCCACCGCCGGAGGGUCAGACGUGUGGCGAGUAUAUGCAGGCGUAUAUCAAGAGCGCGGGAGGUUAUCUUGUGGAUAAGAGCAGUAAUAGUACAUGUACUUAUUGUACUAUUGGGGAUAGUAAUGUGUUUUUAGCGAGGGUUCAGUCGCAUUAUGAUGAGCGGUGGAGGAAUUUUGGGUUGAUGUGGGUUUAUAUCAUCUUUAAUGUUUUUGCGGCUUUGGCGCUGUAUUGGCUUGUUAGAGUCCCGAAGAAUAAGAAGGGGAAGAAGGAGAAGAAGGAGUGA